ACGCUGAAAAAAUGAUUACAUAGACGCUAUAAGCUCCAGAGCCGGAUAUCCAGUCCUAGUAAGAGAAAUCCUCGUCAGUAGAGAAAGCUUAAAUUCCUGUUGCAGCCAAACGGAAGCGACAAGCGCAGAAACCCCAUUGGAGAAACCUAAAACCCAACAAAAUUUCACUAACAAGCGGCAUUCGUUUCCCUCCAAACCCAGAGAACAAUGGCGUCAGAGAAGAAGAAAUCGAAAGCUAAACACACACUGAAGGAGGUGAAAACCCUAGGCCAGCAGCUCCUCUCUUCAAGGACUUACGUCAACAAUCUUCCUCUCCUUCUCACCUUCGUCUCCCCAAACUUUCCUCCUCAAUACGUUCUCGAGUCUCUUCUCUCUCUUCAGUCCUUCUUCACUACUCUCCUCCCCUCCCUCUCAUCUUAUUCUUUGAAGAAUACCAAAAAGACGUCGGAGGAAGAUGACGCUGAGCUUAUUUAUAGGACUUGGCUUCGCUCUAAGUUCGAUGACUUGGUCAGGUUGCUUAUCGAUCUUCUUUUCUCAGAGCAAGCCGAUGAAGCUUUACGACAAUUCGUGUUAGAUUCGCUUAUGGAAUUCGUGAAAGUGGGGAAUGGGGGAAGAUUUCAUUCGGCUUUAUAUCACAGAUUACUUCAUACCAUUCUUCACUCUUCGACACCAGUUGAUCUUGUUUUAGACUUGCUUUUAUCCAAAUAUUUCAAGUACAUUGAUGUCCGGUAUGUUCAGGUCAUUGUGGGUCAUUUUGACGGAAAUUGUUAUGGAUUUCAAUGUUAUUUUACCCACAUUAGCCUUGCAAAGCUUGCAAAAACUUUGGAGUCAAAGGACAACCCUGAUGACAAGACUAAGACUGCUGAUGGAGAUGAUGAAAGUCAUUCUAGGGCCAGCAUGGAUCUCUGUAUUCACAAGAUACAUUAUAUUAUGUCACACGUUCCCCCACUAGAAGUUGCAAAAGAGAAUUCUGAUUAUGAGAUGUGGAGUGGCUCAGAAUUCUUAUCCAAAAAAGGCGAGACUGAGGCACAGAAUAAUAAUAAUAAUGGUUUAUCUGCUGCCAAUAUAAGCAAAAAGAUGAAAUUAAAGUUUACCAAGGCAUGGAUUUCAUUUCUUAGGUUACCACUUCCAGUUGAUAUAUACAAAGAGGUUCUAAUUUCUCUCCAUCAGGCAGUCAUUCCUUAUAUCUCUAAUCCGAUCAUGUUAUGCGACUUCUUAACAAGAUCAUAUGAUAUUGGUGGAGUUGUCAGUGUAAUGGCCCUUAGCAGCCUCUUCAUCCUCAUGACUCAGCAUGGCUUAGAGUAUCCCAACUUCUAUGAAAAACUAUAUGCGCUAUUGUUACCUUCUGUAUUUAUGGCGAAACAUAGGGCAAAAUUUUUUCAGCUUCUUGACACUUGCCUAAAGUCAACACUUCUUCCAGCAUAUUUGGCUGCGGCUUUUACUAAGAAAUUGAGCAGACUGUCACUUUCAGUUCCUCCUUCUGGAGCAGUGGUUAUUAUUGCAUUGAUUCACAAUCUCCUUCGGAGACAUCCGUCAAUCAACUGUUUGGUGCACCGGGAAAAUGAUAAUGAAAAUGCAGCCGAUAAUUCAGAUGUAAAAGGGGAGAAUGCUCGCAAUGCAAAUGAUUCCAGAACAGGGAGUGGUACUUCUGCUGAAAAUCUUUGUGUUGAUCAUUUUAACAACGAGGAAAGCAACCCUGCAAAGUCUAAUGCAUUGAAAAGUUCUUUAUGGGAAAUCGAUACCCUUCGCCACCACUACUGCCCACCUGUUUCAAGGUUUGUAGACUCACUCAAGAAUGACUUGACUAUCAGAGACAAAACUACUGAAGUCAACAUUAAGGAUUUUAGCUCUAGUUCAUAUAGCACAAUAUUUGGAGAGGAGCUGAGACGAAGAGUGAAACAGGUCCCGCUGGCAUUUUAUAAAGCAACACCUUCUCUUUUGUUCUCGGAUGAUUUUACUGGUUGGACAUUCAAAUAUGAAGAAAGCAAGGGAAGCAAAUCUGAAGAAAAUGGUUGCAGUCCAGCAAAACGACAACGGAUGUAGCACACAUGAACUCUUGAUGCUAUUAACAGUCAACGCAAAAAAAAAAAUUAUAUAAUUUUGGGAAAGCCCAAGUAAUUGUCUGCAUCUAUCAACAAUUUUGUAUUAAUUCUUUUGUUUUGAAAUAAUUGGUACUUUAGAAGUCUUCUGCGUCAAUUUCACGUUACCUUUAAUGUUAGGUAUCAUGGUAUUACUGUACAUUACGUUUAGCUGGUGUAUUGAUUCGUGCUAUUAUAGCAUUGAGCAAAUUUUGAUAUGUUCAA